AUGGUGGGGUGUGUUGGGGGGGUUGUGGGGAGUGGUAGGGGGGGGGGGGGGGGGAUGGGUGGGGGGGUGAAUAAGAGUGUGAAGAGUAAUGGGGUGUUGGUUGUGUGGUUGGGGUGGAUAGAAAUUGGGAUAGGGGGGGGGGGGGUGUGGGGGUGGGUUGGAUAUGGUGGGGGGAUGUAUGUGGGGGGGGAGGGGGUGUGGGUAUUGAGGAGAUGGGGGGGGGGGGUGUUUUAUGGGGGGGAGAUUUUUGGGGGGGGUUGA